AUGGGUUUGGGUCCAGUCCCUGCUCUCAUAGUUUCAGAAAUAUUUAGACAAGGUUCAAGAGCAGCUGCUUAUUCAACUUGUCAAUCAAUUCAAUGGCUAUCUAACCUAAUAGUACUAUUUAUUUACCCAAUUAUUCAGAUGGCAAAGAAAGCAAUAUUCUCUUGCAUAAGUUUUCGAGAAAACGAAUUUCCUAAAAUAUGUUUACUUGGUUUUAGUAUUUCUUUAACUUGUACAAUCAAGUUUCAAUCCAAAAUUAUUGGAAGUAAAAUUACAAAUUGUAAUAACGAAAAGUACCUAGACUCGGUAGCUAUAAUCGGAGCUGACAUAGUUUUUGGUAAAAUUUGUUUAAAUUCAAUUCUUUUGCGAUGA